AUCCCCCUUGAGGUGUAAUCCUCAUUGGUGGUUGCAGCCCUUGUGAGAUUGAACAAGAGGGAGAGGGAAGAUGGUAGCCUUAAAGGUAUUUGGACAGCCAGCAUCCACAGAUGUUGCCAGGGUGCUGACAUGCCUCUUCGAGAAGAACUUGGAGUUCCAACUCAUUCGUAUCGACACAUUCAAGGGAGAGCACAGGAUCCCUGAGUUUCUUCGGCUACAGGAUCCUGCUGGCCGAGUAACCUUCAAAGAUGGGAAGCUCACUCUUGUUGAUUCAAGAUAUAUUUGCCGGCACAUUUCGGAGAAGUAUCCGGAUGAGGGAAACAAGACCCUUUUCGGAACCGGCAUUCUUGAGAGGGCAUUGGUUGAGCAAUGGCUGCAAUCAGAAGCUCUGACCUUUGAACCUCCAAGCUCAACUCUAGUCUUCCAUCUCGCUUUCGCUGCACCAUUAGGCUUCCAUCCUGAUCGGUCUUUGAUUGAGAAAAAUGAGAAGAAGCUGGCCAGGGUUCUCGACACAUAUGAAUGGAGGUUGGGAGAGAAUGAGUACUUGGCAGGGGACGAGUUCACGCUUGCAGACCUCUCCCACCUCCCCAACGCACACUACCUUGUACCGAAGACGGAGAGGGGACGCAAGCUUUUCACUGCAAGGAAGAAUGUGGAUAGGUGGUGGAAGGCAAUCUCAUCUCGGCCCUCAUGGAAGCAGGUGGUCCAAAUGCAGUGUGAGCAUCCCGGACAACUUGAGAAACUGAACGUUUAGAGUUGCAGAUGUAAAACCAAGAUAGCUGUGUGCUUUGGCUUCCUUUCCUUUGUUGUGUUUGUCUAUCGCUAUGGACUUCCUCUUUGAUAUAAGAGGAUAGGCUAAGAGAAUAUGGAAGUUUGUGUCCUCUGAAUAAAAACAUUUACACAUAA